UCGUAUAGUCUGUGACUCUGUGAGUUGUAAAUUUUGAGCAACAGCUGGGAAGAUGAGGGGCGUCGUAUUUGGUGCAUUUUCACUAUUUCUAUGCGUCUCGUGUUCUGCUGACACAUUGGAUUAUGUGCCGGAUGUUGUUCCUCAAGAACCAUCAUCGGUUUUAAAUGUUCACUACGGAAAACAUGCUGUAGAAAACGGCAAUCAGUUGACGCCUACUGAUGUAAAAGACCAGCCGUCAGUGACGUGGGACGCAGAGAAAGAUACCUAUUAUACUCUUGCGAUGACGGAUCCAGAUGCGCCGAGCAGAAAAGAUCCAAAGUUUCGGGAAUUUCUUCACUGGCUCGUGGUAAAUAUUCCUGGAAACGACAUUGCCAAGGGGGAGACACUGGCAGAAUAUGUUGGAUCUGGGCCGCCUCGUGGAACUGGUCUACAUCGCUAUGUAUUUCUCUUGUUCAAACAACCAGGAAAGCUCGAUUUCGACGAAGAACCUACAAGCAGAACCUCUCGUAUCGGCAGACCCCGAUUUUCCAUUCACAAAUUUGUACAAAAAUAUGACAUGGAAGAACCAGCAGUAGGUGGAAAUUAUUAUCAGGCACAAUAUGAUGAUUAUGUACCUGUUAUUCAACGGCAGCUAAGCGGCUAAAUUUCUCGCUUCCAACAAUAAUUACUUAACCGAAAAAUCCAUGACAUUUGCUAGUCUAAUUCUUGGAAUCUCAUUAUUUCUUUUUAGUUGUUGGUCAGAAUAGAAUGUUAAUUUCCAGAUUAAAUGAUAUUUAACGCUUACUUUGUGCCAUGUAAGAUAAUUACUUCGCAAAUUUUUCUAAAAAUGUCGCUGUGGAAGAUACAGAAAUCAAAGUAUUUCGUUAUUGUGCCAGUUCCUAUGCUUUCCUUUCUUCUUACAGAUCCAUCAGUUAUAUAUUGUUUUUAAAGUCUAAUACUUUAGUAUGUUACGGUUAUAGUUAAAUGUUUUCUUUCUUCUGUUAGCUUGAAGCCUAGGGUAGUACUAGCCAAUUUUAUGUGCCCUUUAUGGAUUAUAUUGUUUAUAGUAUUGAUAAAACAUUGAGCUUUUGUGCCAUUUAAUAAUGGUGGUUGUAUUUUAAAUAUUACUUCCUAACUAAUAGGGUAACAUGGUGCUACAUAAUUUUUAUUUUGCUCAUAGUAAUAAUUUACUACUUUUUGUACCUUUUUAUGAUCUGGUGAUUAAAAAAAAAUCAUUCUAUGAAUAUCAAUAUUAAAUGAAAAAAUUAAAACAAACUUUCUUCA